CCGUGUUAACGUCAAAGCUGUCGUAAAAUGACGCAACCCUCAUACUGAUGCUGGCCUUCCGCUGUUUAAACCGGCGUGGAACUGCUUUAGCAUUACUUAAUCGAUUAUUUUUAUGUUGUCUAUUUACGUGUGUUUACCACAUCCGAUUUGGCGCAGUAAGUGCGGACGAGCUUUGUCACUGUUGAGGAACACGGUACCGGCCAACAACGAGGAUGUUUAAAAAAUUUGACGAGAAGGAAAAUGUGUCGAACUGCAUCCAGCUGAAAACAUCAGUGAUCAAAGGGAUCAAAAAUCAGCUGUUGGAACAGUUUCCUGACAUCGAGUCAUGGCUCAAUCACAUUAUGCCAAAAAAGGACCCUGUCAAAAUAGUGAGAUGCCAUGAACACAUUGAAAUCCUGACAGUGAAUGGAGAGCUGCUUUUCUUCAGACAGAGAGAAGGACCAUUCUACCCAACCCUCAGACUGCUGCAUAAAUAUCCUUUCAUUCUUCCACACCAGCAAGUAGACAAAGGGGCCAUCAAAUUUGUCCUAAGUGGAGCCAACAUCAUGUGCCCCGGUCUGACAUCACCAGGCGCUAAACUCUACCCGGCUGAAGCUGACACAGUAGUUGCCAUAAUGGCAGAGGGAAAACAACAUGCACUUUGUGUUGGCGUUAUGAAGAUGUCUGCAGAAAGCAUAGAAAAAGUCAACAAGGGAAUUGGAAUUGAGAACGUUCACUAUCUGAAUGAUGGCUUGUGGCACAUGAAAACAUAUAAAUGAUGUCAUCCACGCCCGCAACGCAAACAACCCCACCCCCAUCCCCCAUCAGGACGUGGAGCUCUUGAUAGUGAGGCAUGAGCUGCCCGUCAACUGUUCACACCUACGGACUGAGCUGUGUAACCUGCUGGAGGCUUUCAAUAAAUCACCAUUGUGCACAAAUAAAAGAAAGAUCUUGCUUAAACCCGA